AUGAAGCACCAAGGCAUGAGGGAUGCACUGUAUGAAGAAGCAUGUGAUGGUGUCAACCAAGAAAUAAAAGAUUUAUGCUCCAUAGGAGAACCUUCACUGCUAAGAGCCACAAGCGCUGAAGAUUUGGCCUGCAUAACAUGGGAGAAGAUUAAUAAUGAAUUUAAGGACAGAGCUCCUAGAUUCCACCAGUUCUUGAAGAAAGUUGGACUCCAAAGAUUGUCAUCUUUAUACCAUAGCAUGGGUUACAAAGCCAAGAACACGAUGUUUGAUAAAGAUUUGAAAGUCUGGAAAGAAACAGUGGAGAAAGAUUCAAAUAAGGAGAGGAGCCUCAUUGAGAAAGAAAUGAAGAAGAACACUCUCAAGCCAAAGGUGAGUUGCAGAACCAUAGGCAUGCACCCUGGGUACUCCUUCACUGGGGACAAUGUGGAUAUAAGGUGCAAACCCCGACAAAUGACAAUGAAGAACCGAAACAAAGAUCACCACAUUUUUCAGUUGGUGGCAUUUCAAAACAGAGUGUCUCCGAACCAUCUGCCAAAUGAUGCACCCUAG